AUGGCUGGGGCUAGCAGUUCAUUCAAUCCGAAGAGUUUCGAAUGGUUGGUGGAAGUGCCUAUUGAUUGGGAGCAGUGUCGGCACUUCCGCGCUCGAAGCUUGCGCGGCCGUAGUUUGUUACAGGGGGUAUUCCUGCCAAGUGAUGCGAAGAAGGAAGUGAUUGUCUCUAGCCUGGAGUGCUGCCAAUUGAAUGCGGAAGUGCUGAGCACUGUACUGCGGCUUAUGGGAGACAAUGCCUGCAUUUUCGUUCCACCCAUGCCAUUGCUUUCAGCUGUGACUCUUGAAUUUCAUAGUCAUUCUGGAUUUCCCUGUGCUGACUCCCUUGCAAGCACGGCCUACUCCGACAGCAAGGGCCUGAAACGCAUGCUGAGUCUUUUGCGGCGAAAGUGGAGGCGUGAGGAAUACCCCAGGGAUGCUUCGCUGAAACGCCUUGUCAAGGAGUUUGAUCGGGCCUACGAGAAUCUGACAAGCGAACCUUCGUCUUCAUUAAUAUAG